GGAAGAUAAGCAAAGCAGUUUAACACUUUCCAGGCAUUACUGUAUGUUAGGGCAGCUUAAAAAAACAAAUGCUGAAUCUAUCCUCUCAAAUUGCACGGUGCGGUUCAGAAAAGUGUGAGUUGUGCUAAGAACUGAAGGUUUGCCUGGCACUUGUGGAAGAGGAGAGCCCAGACAGCUUGAGCAGAGGUGCUGGGAACUGAACUAACUAGAACCAAGCAGCAGCUUCCCAUCCCCGGCCAGAGACCAAAGGCACUUGGACAGGGACACACGCACCCUCCCUCCCCGGGAAAGCAUCUGAGGCCGUCCCUUGCCAUGAGUUCACUGCCUGGCACUGCAGCAUGGCAUAGCUCCCGCUGUCAGCAUCCCAAAAAAAUGUCAACAGUGCACUGCUAAUGAAAUUCCUGCGUACAAAACAACCUUGGGUGAUGAGGAAAGCAGCGCUGACUGCUCGCUGUGGGCAGCAGGUGGAGAAUACAAGUACUGAUGUCUCUGAAAGUAUGACCUCAUUGCCAAAACAGGAUUCGCAGUUGCUUACGUUUGAGGAAGAUGACCCUUCAGAGCCGCUUGAGUUAGCAGUUAAACAAGUUGUUAGUGUUGUAAAGUCAGCCGAAGAGAAGGUGGUUUCUUGCAAUGUUGUGGGAGAUUCUGUCAAAUUUGUUGUCACUGUCUCAGAUACUUCACCCGUGGCUGCGGAAGGUCAGUCGUACAGCAUUAAACUGUCUCCACUUCACCUGCAGCUUCAGCUCUACGUGAAAGACAAAGGAGAAGAUGUCAAAGUUGAGUGGCUCCUCAUUAACGCCAGUGAAACCAACUUUGAAAUCCAGCCAACAGUACAGGAGGGACAGACAGCAGGGGCACGUGCAAUAACUGAAACACUCAGAGAUGUUUUGAAGAACCUCUUUAGCUCAGUUUCUCCAUCUGUAGUGUUGAGUACAAGGCCUACAGAUAUAAAGGAGGUUCAGAAUGUACAGAACACAAGCCUUCUCCCUCAGGGCACUAGUCCACCUAAACCUCCAAGGGCUCAUGAACUCAAACUGCUGGUGAAGAACAUUGCGGUGAACCUAACUGAUCACAGUGCUGCAGGCAGCACAAACCUUGUGUGUAUAGUUCAGUUGAAUGACCCUAUGCAGAAGUUUUCCAGCUCUGUAGCCAAAAAUGCUGCAAAUCCCUUUUGGAAGGAAGAGUUUAUCUUGGAACUAAGUGCCAAAUCAAAAGCAUUGCAACUGCAGAUAGUAGAAGAUGGGAAAUUGGAUAGUCCUUUGUCUGCAACGGCGACUGUACCUCUAGACUUGUUCAGGAAACAACCUUCUGGCCAGCAGAGCUUUGCACUGAGCAGCGGGGCCAGCGAGAGCAGCCCAGAGCCGGGGCCUGGGCUGGGAUCCAUUAGCGCAGAGUUCUUUUUCAUAGAACCCAAUGAGUUAAAGACGUGGCAGGUGUCUUCUCCAGUGCCAGCCACUAAAGUAGAAAAGGAUCGCACUGUGAUGCCCUGUGGGACUGUGGUCACUACUGUAACUGCUGUGAAAACCAAACCUCGUCUAGAAGGGAGAUCAUCUCCACUGAGCACAGAUUCUCCUGUGAAAACUCCAGUUAAAGUAAAGAUGAUUGAAAAGGAUUUCUCUAUUCAAGCUAUCCAUUCUCAUGGUGCUCCAGUCAGCAAAACUUUAUCGUCUUCAGAUACAGAACUGCUGGUGCUGAAUGGCACCGAUCCUGUUGCAGAAGCAGCCAUUCGGCAGUUAAGUGAGUCUGCAAAGCAGAAGCUGAAGUCUCCUAGAAAGAAAAGCACCAUUAUCAUAUCAGGGGUGUCCAAGACCUCUUUAUCUCAGGACAGUGAAGCUGCGCUGAUGAUGGACUAUGCUGCAGCCAUGGAUAGCUCCUGCAAAGAAGUACCACCCGCUGUGGAAGAAGCUGUUGCAGAAGUCACCUCUGAUGAAAAGCUAUCAUUAGGUUCUUCAGAAGCAGUACUUGAUACUGACCCACAGCAAAGUGCCCAUAGGGCUUGGGUUUUGGAGAACGGCAGCCAACAGUGGGACACCAACACGCUCUUAGACCAGACCUGUGAAGAAAUAUCUGGGAGCUCAUUAAGUGUUUCAGAAAGUGGGAGCAUGAAAAAAUCUAAAGGUGGGAUUUUGAAAAAAAGCGCAAAGCUCUUUUUCCGCCGGCGACAUCAUCAGAAGGACCCAGGAAUGAGUCAAUCACACAACGAUCUUGUCUACCUGCAACAGCCACUGUCAGAGGAAACGCGCAAGAAGGGAGGCACGCUUUCACGUAUUCUGAACAGAAAGCUCCUUUCCAAAAACAAAAGCAAGAACAAACUGAAUGGUGCUUCGGCAGAACCAUACGUACAAGACUGAACACUCUCUGCUGGGAUGCUUGCACAUCACUUGACCAUUUGUUUACAGAGCAGUGCUAGAGAAUACAAAUACGGCUGAUGACCUGCAGAAGAUGAUGUUCAUUAAUACAGUGGUCCAGGAAUAAAGAGAAAGCUUGAAUUUUUUGUUUAUUUUUCUAGAAUGCUUUUUCUCUCUGAUUAUAAAGUUGCUCCUCCAAAUACAAGCAGCGCUAGUUGUAUCGUGGCGGCUUUUGGAGGACCAUGUGGUUUAUUGUAGAAGAUGAGGGAGGAUGGGGAAUGGUGCAGAUGGGGAAGACCUGUGUGUGAGCACCUAGUUUACAUUAACGGGGAGCUAAGAACUGAAACAUCAUACCUUCUAUAUAUGAGGGAACCACUAUAAUGAGAGAAGAUAUCACUGUGCUUCCUUACUGCGGCCUGGAAUAGCAGCAACGCAAGUCUUAACUUGUUUUUCUAGUCAGGCUGAAAGGGAAAAGAGACCCAGAUCCAGUUUGUAUUGUAAUUUGGAAAUGGGUGAGUUUUCAGAAGCAGAACUGAAAUGCUGAUUAAGAUAGCCUACUGUAAUAACUGUAGCCUGCUGUAAUAACUGCUCAGUCCAUGUAGGUGGAGAGAUGCCUUUGAUAUUAGCCAUAAAUCAAUAAAUUAUGCAAAUACUUAGCAUAUUGUUUAAUGUUCUGUGCAUAAGUUAUGCUUAAAAAAACAGAACUUUUUUUUGAGUCAGCUUGCAAGAAAACAUUUACAAAUGCUUAGAUGUAGCUUUUCUUCCCUGUGUAAGAAGAUGCAUUGCUAAUGUAAAAACCUAUCCUAGGGGCUCUAAUUCUUUCUAAGUACUGGUUAGACAAGUAUAUUAACCAUCAUAUCAAAUGCAAGGCUAGGAGCAGUAAGUGAUGAAUAGGGCAUAUUUAACCCUAUACUGCUUUUCAUUAGACAGCUUCUUUUACUUGCCAAACACAUACUGAGAAAAAACAAUAACAGUUCCCUUAGUCGGUUUCUAGAUCUACCAGUGUUGUCAGGUGGUGAGCAGUUGGUUGAGUGAGGUUUUUUACUUUUUCCCUUAUUAAAUAUUGCAGCUGGCUCCUUUACGUUAAAAGGAAAAACUGAUGAAAGUAAAGGCAUAGUUCUUCUUGUGGCUAUUAAGAAGAGUGAAAUGUCAGUCAGUAUUUCACAGGUACCAUCUUUUAUGCAUACCUGUACUUUUCCAUCGUAUACGUUCCUGCUGAGGACAAAGGACCAAGCCUGUUCUCUUUAGCCAAGAAAAGCAUUCGUUCCAUCUAAAUUACCAACAUGAAUGGAUGAUAGAUUUGUGCCUGCUUUGCCAACAGUGAUUUCCCCCCCGCAUUUCCUUCCCAUAAGACAUCCAACACUUUGGCAGGUACUUGGACUUUCAACUUAAACCAUUCUUCAAAAAUAGAAAGUCAUUGAAGAACAGAAACAUGUUUCAAAACUUCUUAUGAACUCUAGAUUCCUUGAUAAAUGCUUUUACAAAGAAUAUAAAAGUAGAAGGGAUUUGAAUUCUUUUUUACCAACAAAGAGAUUAGAAGAAAUUAACUGCCAAAAUCUUUUAACUGAGCCUGCUGCUUAAAAAUAACUUUUAUGUGAAACCUCGUAAAAUCACUGUGGUAGUACAGCAGUCCAGACUGUCAAAUAGUUGUACAUUUAAGCAUGCUGCUUAUUAUGAAAACACUUGAAGGCAUUUUUAAAUUCUCUGUUUUGAAAAUUGGUUACAAAUGAGUCUUCUAGAGCUGAAAUGUGCUCAGAAAUCCCAGUUCAGUAAUACAGCUUUGUCCAGCUUGAAUGUGCUUGAACGUUUUUGUUUAUUGUUAAUUUAAUACAAAGUAGUUCAGUUUCUUCAUUUGUUUUACAUUUGUUUUACAGUGGUUCAUGAUAUGAACAUUAAAAAACCUGAUGUUACCUUCUCUCAACAUACACUUUUUCUCUUGACUUUGCUAGGAUCUCUUUGCAUGAUGGGGCAGGGUAGGGCAUCAGAUCCCUGCCAUGUUUUAAAUGCUCCCUCUUGUUCACUGAAGGAAAAAACCACUGGUCACUGAGUUGAAGAAAUCAAAGUGAGACUGAGCUCCAUGGGCAGCACCCCCUUACACUGAAAAUGGAGUUGUGGAAUUGGGAAUGUAAACAGAGCACGUAACACUACUUGAAGUCUGCUUAAAUUACUGAACUGCAACUUUAAUUUACAGAAGCUUUAUAAUGUACCUUAUUAAUAGAAUGGGGUGGAAAUACCACUGAAUAACUUGCAGAACGCAGGAGUAGUGAUUGCUUGCAGCUUAUCCCAAAGAACAGAUAGACACUGAAGUGGUUUUUGGUUUCCUUUUCUUAAGGUCUUGGUGAUUGCCUAAAUGCAUGUCUUGAUGGUGGGAACUAUACUGCAAACUGUGUGAAGAUUUGGGCUUAAGAUGAGGAAAGCAAGGCAUUUGGGGUAAAAAGGGAAUCUUGGUUUUUAAUUGCCUUUACUCCUCAGGAAAAUAAACAUCAUUUGGUUUGAUGUUUGACUUCCACAUCUGGCUGGUGUGUUCCUCACCUCUUCCUACUCCUCUACAAAUAGUUUAUGUCCUAUUGUAAAAACAAGCUCAAGUGCUAAACACAAAGGGAGAAUUGAGUUGCUGGGUUGUGACAAACCCAAAGGCCCAUAAUGUUCAAUCCCAUUCCCCUCUUCUGAGAUGAUUAGGUUGUUAUUUAAGAUCAAGAGAUCUGAGUACGUACAUUUUUUGUGUACUAGUAUUUGGCUCAGCCUGACUUGGGUCCUGACAACCAGUGGAAGCUACACUACAGGUUUGGGUGGGGAUGACUGGAUUUGUAGACUGUCGUAACUAACACUGCAAUGUACCCUGUCAGUGCUAAAUAUUUCCUGUGCAGUUGCGUGAGGGAUAUUGGAGGGAAUAAUUUUGCUCUUUUAUGUUUUGCAGUCUUCACAAUUUUAAUAACUACAUGUUUGAACAGCAGAACAAAUCUCUGCAUGAUAUUACACUGAAGACUUCUUGUUUUCUGUCUUCCAGUUUAAUUACUUUAGAACAGUAGCUUGGAAAUAACCUGUGAAAUCUGUCUUCCUUUUUGCCCCUUUUCUUACACUUCUGUGUUUCUGGAUGUUCUCUACAGCAAAGAAGGUGGGGUAUUUAUUUUAUGAGUACUAAGAGAUGAAGGCUUGCUUUUCCUUUCUAAAGAAUUUUCCUGCCCAUAACUGAACCUUCUUAUUCUGUGUUUGUGGUUUGUUUUGCUUCAUGGUAUUUUAGCUUUUCAUUUGCCUUGAUGGAGACAACCUGCAUCCUUACCUCACCAAGAUUUGCCUUAGCUUUAGUAUGAAUUUUGACCAAGUAAAUAGUGUAAGAAUUCAUUUUGUCUUUGUAGAUGAAAGCAAUAAAACUACCUAAUCUCAAGUGUGAAUACAACUUAGUUAACUUUCUUAAAGUGUCUGAGAUCACUUUAAAAGUCACUUUAAAGAGGAGCGUGUCCUAGGUCACCACUAUUUCAUAUCCAGUUCACCCCAGGAAGAAAUGACAAGUCAUUUCAUUCCUAACUAUAUAUUAAACUUGUGAACCUUAGGCAGCAGAAAGGAAAAGGAAUGCUGUCAUGGAAAAAAGUUCAUAUUCUUUUAAAAAGUAAAGUACCUUUGGCAAUCUUCUUUGGCUUGAUGGACAGGUCAUGAUCUGUGCAGGCAUAAAUACUGGGCUUUAUUCUUAGGCUUUCUGAUAGAUUUUAUUUUUUUCCCCUGCUCUUUGUUUGGGAGAGAGGUUGGGGCUGCAGGUCAUACAGACCUGUAGUUACUGUCUGGCUCUUGGGAGGACUUGGCUUCCAGCGCUGCUUGUUUCAGGGAGUUCUAUUGCCCAGCAAUGAUACCAGCUUUGAGCAUUAGUGAAAUUUUGCAGCAUUUCGUGUACUGCAUCUUCUCGCUGGUUCUAAGUGGUUGUCAAAUAAAAGCUUUCUGCGGUGUAUUUCUUGUAAAGUUUUGGUGUUCUUGAUAUGCAAAAUAUCAUAGGAAAAAAGCAAAGUCAAUGACAUAAAAUGCUACCAAAUGUGUAUGGGGAAGAAAAAGAAGAGUCUUGCUCUUGUUUUAACACCUUUUUCAGCUCCAGGUGUUACAAGCAGCAAGAGCUCUAUACAAGGUGGGAGGCACCUGUCUUUCUCAUUUUAGUUUAUUGCAGUUUUUUUAAUUGUAGAGGUGAAGGUUGAGUUAAGUGCUUAUCCUGGUACAGAAUUAAGUAUACUGUAGUUCUGGGCUAAGACAUUCCCAGUCUGAAUGGGAACAACUGACCUCAUGGCUUUGACCUCCACAGAACCUAAGUGGAUUUACUAUUGUGCUUAAAGUCAGCAUAUGUUUCUGUAUGUUGCUAAGCCACAGUCUUGUUGACAAACAACUCUAACUAUAUAGCAAGGUAAUUACUUUAAGAUAAGGGUGAAUAAUAUAAUUUCACUCAGGAUAUCCAAACUGCUACUAUGCAAGGUGAUGUCAUGGUGUGAAAAUAGCUGGGAAGGAUGGAUCUGAGGUCUUUCCAAUACUGUAACUCUGUAUUUCCCAAUAAUGUAUUAUAUUCUUAUAUUCUAGGUGGGGUAAAACAUUUUUUUUUCUAGCAUUCAACUGUGAUAGUCACUUCUUCUGUGGUAUUUUUUUCUUUGUGUGUACACAAAAUUAAGUUGGUGCAAUUAAGAAGUCUGUGUUGUACAGAUUUAUUAUAUCACUAAAAAGCGUGAGGAUUUUUUAAAGAAAUAACUACUGUUGUACAUACAAUAAAAGCCAGUUGUCUCUGUGCA